UCCAAGGGGCCAUACCCCUUUGGGCAUGGGAGAAAUGGACUUUGGGUUUUUCUUUUUGAACUUUUCACACAACAAAUUUACUAGUGUUGGAUAUGAUGUCUCCCUACCCUUUUAUAUUGAACUGUUAGAUCUUAGUUUUAACAUGUUUGAGGGGCCAAUACCUCUACCCAGAGAUUCUGGGACCGUUCUUGAUUACUCAAACAAUCAUUUCUCGUCCAUACUACCAAAUAUUUCUACUCAACUCAGAGGUACUACCUAUUUCAAGGCAUCAAGAAACAACCUCUCAGGCACACUGAAAGAAGAAUGGUUUACAAGACUAAAGUCUAUGAUAACUGAUUUUGGUAAUGAAACAUCAGUGAUGGAAUAUGAAGGUGAUCAAAAGCAAAUCUACCAAGUGACCACUGUGCUCACAAACAAAGGGUCUACCAUCAUGAUGGAGAAAAUACUAAGAACCUUUGUAUUCCUUGAUGUCUCGGAUAACGCAUUCCACGGAAGCAUCCCUAAAUCUAUGGGAGAGCUAGUUCUGCUACAUACGCUCAACAUGUCACACAACUCACUGACAGGACCAAUUCCAUCUCAACUCGGCCGUCUAAAGCAGAUGGAGGCUUUGGACCUAUCUUCAAAUGAGCUUUCAGGUGUCAUUCCACAGGAAUUACCAUCCUUGGACUUCCUCGGAAUGCUAAAUCUAUCCUACAACAGGCUGGAGGGGAAAAUACCAGAAUCGCUUCAUUUUUCGUUAUUCGCCAAUAGUUCAUUUCUUGGGAAUGAUGCUUUAUGUGGCCCUCCUCUAUCUAAAGGCUGCAGCAACAUGACAUUGCCGAAUGUGAUACCUUCCGAGAAGAAAUCUGUAGAUGUUAUGCUGUUCCUCUUUUCUGGAAUAGGAUUUGGCCUUGGAUUUGCCAUUGCAAUUGUAGGAGCAUGGGGAAUUCCCAUUAGAAGACGGUCUCCGGCGAGGCAGAGAGCCCUCUGAAUCAUGUAUUGAACUGAACCUUUUUCUGUAUCAAAGGUUGUAAACUUGUAACCAGGGCCAUGUCAUUGUUGCCACAAUCUACUACGUAUUUGAAUUCUUCCAUCUGGAUCAAAUCAACUAUAUCGUAUACAGAGUUACAUUACA